AAUUAUAUAAUUUCUAAUAAUGUGUGUGCGUGCACUGAAUUUGCUGUAGUUGAAACUGUAAUAAUUGGUUCAUAUGGAGCUCCCUUCUCUGUCAUAGACACAUCAAUGGAUGGCAAUGUUUUAUUCGAUGAAGGCAACAACGAAGAAGCCAACAACAAUAAUAAUGGCACUAUCAGCAACUCCAAGGACCGGAAGAGGAGAGACUACAUGCUUGAUGAUGAUAGCCCCAAGGUGGCACGCCAAAAACUUGCCAAGAGGAUCCUCUUGUCUUUGACUAACCCUUCUUAUGUUCUGAGACUUGGUUCCAAACCUCUGAGGUUGGAUUACUGCACAAGGUUGCGGUACCUGCUGAGGAAGCUUGUCAAGGAACAUGACUGGGCCACUGCCAGUGGUGUUCUCAGUGCUUACUUAAAGGGAACAAUGAACGACAAGUCUCCAUUCAGGAAUUGCCUCAAGUUCUCGGCUUUAUUGGAGCUUCUUAAGCACGUGGAAAACUAUCAUAUUAAUCCAACAAGGAUGAAGAACCUCUUUGAUAUUUGGUCGAAGAAUAUUGGAUCAAUGAAGAGUUGGCCAAUAGAAAGCAGAUAUAGAGUUCAUGUGGAGUUCAUCUUAUUCUGUCUUGUGCAUGGCAAUACUGGGGAUGCAUAUCAGCUUGUCAUAAGCCUUGAGCAAGAAAAAGUUGAUCUUGAUCCUGUGUCAAAGAUAAUUAUGGGCUUGACAUUCUAUACGAUGUGGUAUUCUUCUAUCCCCGAAGAAUUUCAGUGGAAAGAUUCAGACCAGGCUGACUUGCAAGAUUACUCACGUAUGGAGGGGCCUUCCAUCAGCAAUGAAGUUGGACAGUCAGAGUGGCAUAAUACAGUUGAAUCCUUUCUGGCAAACUCCCAAAGCCAUUGUGAAUCAGACACCUCUGUUUUGAAGGAUAAGCAUAUAUCUAGGGAUGUUGGGUUCAACAAUGACGUGGGAGAGUCUAUGGAGAUUGAUGUUGAUCAUAGAAGAAAAGCAUCGCAUCAGAACUUACAGCCAGAAGAAGGUUUUCGCUCUAAGUCCGAAGAAAAUGAAGGAAGUAGAGACUCCUUUUCCAACCAUGAAGGCCUUACACAAGAUACCUUAAAUGUUAUUAGGCAACUUGAUUUGUGGUUGUUUCCCUUGAAUUUUCCUGAUGAUAAUAGUUUUGAGGAGUUCAUGUAUGUGCACUCAAAUCAGCAAAAUGACCAGUAUAAAAAGGCUGUGAAAUAUUUACAACUUGCUCUCGACUCAGCACCUUCAGUAACAGCAGCAUUACUUCCAUUGAUACAACUGUUGUUGAUUGGAGGUCGUGUUGAAGAAGCCCUAAUUUUGAUUGAGAAGGAGUGUACUAAUUCACCAUCUGUGCUCCCUGUAAGAUUGAGGGCUGCGUUCUUGGAGUGUUCUGAUCGAAACAACUCUGACUUGAUUGUCACAUGUUUUGAGGAUAUGCUAAAGAAGGAUCCACAAGAAAGUUAUCCCUUAGCAAAACUUAUCAGAAUGUACCAAAACGGUGACUAUAGCCUUGAAUCUUUGUUCGAAAUGAUUGUUUUACAUUUAGAUGCUACUAGUGCAGAAUACAGUACGUGGAGGAUGUUAUCUUCAUGUUUCUUUAAACUCUCUUACUACGAAGAAGAUUGUAUAUCUGCAAACGAUACUAAUGAAGAUGGAGAUAGGCAACAUUAUUCCUUUAGAAAAACCCCAAAAGUGUUUACACAGGAAAUGUCCGGAAUGUCUUGGAGGUUUCGCUGUAGGAGCUGGCUACUAACACAUUUCAGCCAUAGACAGCUUAAUUCAGAUGUUGAAGGUGAUUUGCAGCUACUCACAUACAAAGCAGCAUGCGCAUCCUAUAUGUAUGGGCAAGAUUUCCACUAUGUUUUAAAGGCUUAUUUUGUAUUAGAAAAUGAAAAUAAUAAGGACUUAUUGUUGAUUUUGGGUGAGCACAGGCAAAAUUCAUUUGAAUUUUAUCAGCAAUUUCAAAAUAAACUGAAAUUAUAACAUGAUUUGUUUGUUGCAUGUAGUGAUUCUGUGUAAUUAUUAUUAUGGUUUUCUUUGU